AAAAACAGUGGAAACAACUUUGCAAGAACCUAGACAUAUCAUCCUUAUAUCAUUUCUUAGACCUGGAUAAUAUGAAUAUGGUUUGCUUAAAAUCUUGAGCUACAACAUAUUUCGUUGAUGCAGUCUCAACUUCACUGAUCGGCGGACCCAGCCAAGAUAAUUUGUAAUCCGAGAGAAAAAAAUAACGCAGAGUUUGGGGCCGAAGAACCAUACCAUAAAAGAUCCUUAUAUGACUCCUCGAUGCACUGGAGGGCAUACUGUUUGCAAAUACACGUGCAUACAGAUAUCCACAUACUAAUCACGUGACCCAUUUGCCUGCUGCUUUCGCUGUGCUAUCGGUCAUGGAACCUUGUCGCAUGAACACCACAGCCUAGUAGCUCUACACUACAAACCGAAACAAUGAAUUCCACCCAGCAAUUUGGAAAAAACCCUCUCAACAAAAUCAUCGGUCUUUCGAUAGUGCUAUCUAUGGGUUUUCUCUUGGUAGUGCUCGCGGGCGUUUCUGGCAAUUGGUUCCCUAUAGUUGACGGCGUCAUUUUCGCCGUGUCAUAUCUUCCAGUGAUAAUUUCUCGAGUUGCUUUUACUCUGGGUGAUAACGAUUUCAAUUUCGACCCAAGUAUCUCAUCGCACACUCUGGCCGCCCAAGAGCUCGGCAAAUUUCUCACCGCUGCCCUAUUAGUCACGGGGUUCUAUAUCCCAUUUUUGCUUCACCACUCGCAUUUUCUUAGCACGACAGCAAUGAUAUUGACAUUCAUUGGAGGCCUGUUAAUUUAUGGUACAGUUUAUACUUUCAGCCAAGCAUUUGAGCAGAGCGAGGAUGAUGAAGCCGAGUUGGGCGCCGGUGUUAUUUGAGCGCGUUGUUUUCAACAUUUGAGAAACCAUGUUCAAAUACCCCUCAAGUUGGCGAGGUCUGCUUUUAUGUUCAAAUUCGGACUUGCUUUUCAAAUCAAACGCUUCCUGAUGUCUGUCUGUCCAAUACAGUACAUCUAUUAAGCGGUCCAAGUACCCAACCCAAGUGCGGUACAUCGUCAAUCAUCUUGAUCUUGUCGGAAAAAUACCUCUAUUAUGCGACUAGUCUCAAAUAUUGAUGCAAUGCCAGGUGCAUCUUGUAUCGUACUACGAUGAGUUGACUUUGAAUUGAAAAUGCUGUCUAAUGUACAUGUUGGCCAUACAGUGCGACAUGCUGACCUUGCUUAUAAAAUCGUACUUACCUCAGAAACCAACGUACAUCCAAAUCUCUUUUUAGUCUCAAGCACGUCGUAACCUUAUAAAUUUAUCGUCUCUAUUUUGUCUUGACCACAAUAAAGGGUGUACCCUUAUCCUCUUCCUGC